AUGUCCCUCGAAGCGGCAACCGGCGAGAACUCAACCUCCCGAGAUCUCCAUUCAGCCGUCUUGCAGACCACACUACAGGAGAUAUCCUCGCGAUCGACCGAGCUCCAAGACUGCUGCGUCAUCUGCCUAGAGGAGAUCACCGAAGGCUGUGAGGCGCAACCCUGCCACCAUCACAAUUUCGACUACCUCUGCCUCGUGACAUGGCUGGAGCAGCAAACGGCAUGCCCGCUAUGUAAGACUGAGAUCAAGGAGGUCCGCUACGAUUUCAGCGACGACCGACAGCAAUGGAAAACGUUCAAAGCUCCAGAGCGGCUGCAGGAAAAGCCCAAAGCUGCGGGAACCUCUCCUCCGAGCCAACAGACGAGGCGAUUUUACUCACAGGCGCGCCCCCGACGCCCGCGACCAAAUGCGCAUCCGACCCGGACCUUCACGCCUUCUCAAGACGAGGUGAUUGCACGUCGGCGGGCCGUCUACCGCAACCAACUGUACUCGCUUCAUGUUGGCUCGAACCGGAUAUCGAGGUACAGAGACCUGACGCCGCAGCUGUUCGCCUCCGAUGCCGAGCUCGUCUCGCGCGCGCGCACGUUUCUCCGCCGAGAGCUGCAGGUUUUCGAGUUUCUAUCACCCGAUCACGAUGCGCGAUCUCAGGACGCCGACCCUGUUCGGCGACGCAGGGCAAACAAUGCCGAAUUCCUCCUUGAGUACAUCAUAGCGAUUCUUAAGACCGUCGAUAUGCAGGGCAGCAUGGGCCAGGCCGAGGAGCUGAUCCAGGAGUUUCUGGGAAGGGAGAACACGCGACUGUUGCUCCACGAGCUCAGAGCAUGGUUGCGGAGUCCCUACAUGUCGCUAGAGAGCUGGGAUCGUGCUGUGCAAUACCCAGAUGUUGUGCCUAAGCGGCGGCGAUCACAGAGUCCCGGCACGGCCGAUCGGGCGGGAUCCUCAGAAGGCGCCGAGGGCAUCUAUCCUUCGAGGUGGAGAAGAGACGAGCGACGCAGGUACCGGCGCGAACCCUACGAGUCGCGCCGGUCACGAAAUGACGAGAGAUUGAGAGAGGCGACGGCGCGAUACACCGUUGACUAA